GAUAAAUUCUGUCAAAUGUUUUACUUGCAGACGACGUGUACCAUUUCUUUCACGGCUAGCCAAACAAUCGGAUAUUACGCGGUAGCAUUGCAAGUGGAAGACUAUGCUAAUGAAACGGCGAACACACAUUUAAGCAGCAUACCUGUACAGUUCCUUGUUAAUAUAUACUCUGGAAGUGGAUGUUCUGUAGAGGUCGAGUUUGUAUCACCAACACCAGAAGAAAACGAGCAAUUUAUCAUUGAUGCUGGCGACACGUUAAAUGUGACGAUAUUUGCCCGGGGAACGAAUUCCUUCAGUAAAAUAGUUACCAUCUUAGCGAUAGGAAUGACACAAACAAAGGAAGAGACGUCAAAAGAUUCAACCUGGUUUUAUAUCAAAACGACGGUGACAUACAGUCCUGUUGUUUCAGAAGCUGGACAAGAACACAUUCUAUGUUUCUACGCUUUAGACACUACAGGAGUCACCAAUAAAGAAAGAUGCAUAACGAUAUAUGUCGCAGGUAGUGACAAUGAUAACUGUGACCCAGAUCCAUGUUUCAAUGGCGCCACUUGUAUUGACGGCAUAAGCAAUUUUACUUGUAACUGUCAAAAUGGAUACUCAGGCGAAACUUGUAAUUCAGACAUAGAUGAAUGUUAUGAUGAUACCAACAAUUGUGACGUAAAUGCUGAAUGUACCAAUACUAUUGGAAGCUAUACGUGCACUUGCAAUGAAGGCUACUCUGUUAAUGGAACGACAUGCUCAGACAUUAAUGAAUGUACUGACGGGAGUAACAACUGUGAUGCAAAUGCUGAAUGUACAAAUACAGAUGGAAGUUUUACGUGCAGCUGCAAUGAUGGUUAUUCUGGUAAUGGAACAGCUUGUUCAGACAUAGAUGAAUGUGAUGAUGAUAGUCACAACUGUAAUGUUAGUGCUGAAUGUACAAAUACUGUUGGAAGCUUUACGUGCACUUGCAAAGAAGGUUACUCUGGUGAUGGAACAACAUGCUUGGACAUUAAUGAAUGUAAUGAUGGUAAUAACAACUGCGAUGCCAAUGCUGAAUGUACAAAUACAAUUGGAAGUUUUACGUGCAGUUGCAAUGCUGGUUAUUCUGGUAAUGGAACAGCAUGUUCAGACACAGAUGAAUGUAAUGAUGGUAAUUACAACUGUGAUGUGAAUGCUGAGUGUAUGAAUACUGUUGGAAGCUUUAUGUGCACUUGCAAGGAAGGCUACUCUGGUAAUGGAACAACAUGCUCAGAAAUAAUUGAAUGUGCAUCAUCACCAUGCCAAAACGACGCCAACUGCACAGACAGUAUUAAUGGAUACGAUUGUAUAUGUGUACAUGGAUAUUCUGGUGCUAACUGUGAAUUCGAUAUCGACGACUGUAAACCGAAUCCAUGCCACAAUGAUGGAAAUUGCACUGACGGCAUUAACUUUUACAACUGCACGUGUUUGUCUGGUUUCUAUGGUAUCAACUGUCAGAACGUAACAGUUGUAAGCACUCUAGAUGGUAAACCAGGGGCAACAGACAGUAGUAUUUCUACCAUUGGGUUGAUUAUUGGAGUUGUUCUCGCAAUCAUCAUUCUUACAGCCGGAGUUGUUGUGAUCAUGAAAUGGAAAGGACUUUCCUUAUUUAAUCGAAAUGGUCACUCUUUACAACAACGCCCUACCGAAGAAUCGACUCAAGCACACCAAAAUCCGUUUUAUUACGGAAACUACACGUAUUUCUCUGAAGCAGCCAACAUGGAGGAGCCCGCAACAAUCAGAACAUCUAAAGCGAGUUGCGAUUCGAAAGAAAAGCCAUCUGAAUAACCCGAAUGCGGUUACACGUGCAAAGGAAUAGUUGUGGCAGGAAGCAGCAUGUGUCUGAGUAAAAGACAAUAGAUAACUAAAAUAACUAUGACAACACCAGAAUUAAUAUUUUUCCAUCACUACAGUAUGAGUUUAUAUUUCAGUCCAUUAAUUUUCGCUGAUUUUCUAUCGUAUAAUUUUUUAUAUAUCCUAUUGUUUCUAUUCCUUUAAGCACUAACGCUAUUAAUAGUUUUUUAGAUGUAACUCUUAUAAAACAUUAUAUUUUUGUUUAUAGCACAUUUACAUAGGAUGUUAGUUUCGUUAUUGUCCUAAUGUUUGUUUUAUUCGUUCGCAAAUAUUAAUAUAUUGUUGCGUUUUGGUUUAUUUUGUUGUAUAUUUCAUGGGAUUAUAAAAUAACAGUAUGCAACUACUGGUUUAUUUGAUAUGGUAGCAUAACCAUAUCAUAUUUCUGCCAUGAGAUAACUAGGUAGCUAUCGCGAUACUUAAAAAUGUAUCUUGAUAAAGCGAAGCUUUCUGAAAGAUUAUCUCAAUAAUUGAAAGUUACCUGGAAAUAUUAUUGCCAUAAUUUACAUUAGUAUUUCGAUAUUUUUUGGGUAAGUGCCCACAGUUACCAUUUAUUAGCAAGAUAGCUCUCGAUACUUUAAGCAAUUAUCUUUAUCUUUAUAUUUCGAACUUUUCUGAAAACUGUAUCUCAAUAGCCUAAAAUUUCCUGGAAAUACAAAGCAUAUCUUGAAAACAAUAAUAUAUUGUGAUAAUGUUUUCAGAAAAAUGCACAACUUUACUGGAAAGUUUAGAAUAUUAUCGUAAUAGCUACCAAGUAUAUCAUGGCAGUUUCAAGCACUAACGCGAAAUUUGCGUUAAAAUAUUAAAAGGAAACAAAUGAAAUAUCUAGAAAAUAUAAUGUUUCGCUGAAAUCGCGUGUGUGUCAGUAUACCUAUGUCGAGCUUGGUUUUAUUCCGUGUAUUUUUUGAUAUGCUUACGCACCAUACUUACGAAAUAUACUUAUAGAGAAUUCUAUUGUUUUUCUUCUCGUACGCGGUACACGAUAUAAGUAAUGUUUAGACUGGAUCUUUUCACGAUUUAAUUAUUUUAGACUGGCUACUCUUUCGAUUAAUUUAUGUUUAGACUUGCUCCUUUCCAGAUAUGAUUAUGUUUAGACUGGCAACUUUCUCGAUAUUAUUGUAUAAACAUAUGAUUACAUGUAACGAGACAAUUUCAUGGCGAUUCAUGUUCCUAUAGACAACACGUUAGGUAUCUACAUACACGUAUUGAGCAUACCAAAAUCUGGGAAUGCAUGCUUAUACCAUAAGCAAACAAUAGGCAAGUCAAAACAGUAAUGUGUUGAUACCAUUAGUUAUCGAGAUCAUGCACAGUAAAUUUUAAAUGCGACUCAAAAAAGAAAGAAUUAGUAACUGCAUUAAUUAUUCGUUUUUUUUAAAUCUGAUUCGUUACGAUGUGUGUAUAUAGAUUAAUACACAUGAUGUCAAAUCAUGGAUGUUUUACCUUUUACAUAGAGAUUCAAGCGUUAGGCAUACAGUUAUGAUAAAAACCCAACGAUACUUCGUCUAGCUUGUAUAAAGACAAUGAUAAGACUGAUAAGCCAUUGUUUCAGUUAUGGCAGAUCCAUUGCAUAUACAUCUAAUGUCAACACUUGAAUAUAACUAUGCAUUGUAAAAUGUUUGAUAUUUUGUCUAAAAGUGUCAUGCACUACGCAAUAUAUUCCUUGUUCCAUACUUUUUUAUUUUGCUUUUUCAAUACUAUGCUUUCAAUUAAUAUUAUGCUAUGUGUAUUGUACUCACAAUGAUUUGAGCCGCACCAUGAGAAAACCAACAUAGUGCAUUUGCGACCAGCAUGGAUCCAGACAAGCCUGCUCAUCCGCGCAGUCUGGUCAGGAUCCAUGCUGUUCGCUAACGGUUUCUCUAAUUGCAAUAGGCUUUGAAAGCGAACAGCAUGAAUCCUGACCAGACUGCACGGAUGCGCAUGCUGGUCUGGAUCCAUGCUGGUCGCAAAUGCAUUAUGUUGGUUUUCUCAUGGUGCGGCUCAAUUUUGAUCUAGUAAAUGUUUAUGUAUAUACAUGCACUGGUUCUAAUUAUCACUUACAUUUAUCAAAUGGUUUGAUAUAUGAUCGCAAUAAUUUAUCCUUGUAUACGAGAUACAUCGCUAUAUUUGUCUAAAUACGUUGGAAAUACUGGUCACGUGGAGCUCCGCUAUAGGCUCAUGCUAAAUUACAAGAAGGACCUUUUGAGGCAUAGAAUGCACCAAAGGAAUAUUAAAGCAGACACGGUUUGACUUGGUCUGUUCAUAAGUGUUCAGCACCCCUCACAUCUCCUGUUACCGGCUAAAAAGAGGAACGCUAUAAUGCAGAUAAAUUAAAUGUAGUCCUUGAUUCGACAGCCCGGCUUGCUUUCAAUUGCCAACAAACCAGAUUUAUGAUAAAUUGUGAGUCGGCAUUGCAGUCUGCCGAUGACCUUUUAUCGCUUCUGUUUUUGCUUUGUUUAAAGGGGAUAAUGUUAGUCUGAAAGAAGGAAACGUUCUGGCAGGCCUGCUGCUGUUAAAGCAACGGUAGACAAAGAUGAUUGGCGUUGUCCUGUUCCCAGUUUAGUAUAUAGCGAGGCAUAAAUUUUAUUAAAUGUAAGCCUUAAUGUAUGUUUUCAGGUUUAUGUCAUUGAAUUGUUAUAUUAAUCAACGAUUAAUGUAUCUGUUACUUAUACGACUUGAAACUUCGCAAGUAUAUUGAAUACACCUACCAAAAACUUUUAGCGAGGUUUACAUGCACUUAUUAUACACAAGUUCUACCUAUGCCUUUCAUACCAGGAGAAAUAUAGAUAAUUAAUUAUAUUGCUUUACAUGUGUCUAAUAAGUAAACAAUACAUUUGUAUGGUGUUAUCAUAAAACGCCCACGUGAAUAAGAAUAAUAUAUAUACUAGGCAAGUCAAUAGAAAUGCUGUAAUCAUUUUACGUAGAAUAAUAUAACUUUGCAGUUUUGUAAAACCUUAGUUACAAAUUACAUUCAAGCUAAUUAAUUUCGUUUAGAUAAACUGUUUUUAUAUCUGUCAAUCAUGUAAGAUGCAAUUAAAAAUUUUACUGUCAUUUAGUUGGUAGAAAAAGAUUACCAACGAUUGCCUGGAAAAUAAUAUGUAUGAACAUUAAUAAACAGAUGUUAAACUGA